GAGGGUAGCUGGCGGCUUCCUCUUUUCUGCCCUGCUCCAGGCGCUGGGCUCUCUCCCUCAGUGCCUAGGAGCAGGGGACGGCAGCACCAUGGCCCCCCGCACGGCUGCCGUCCGCCAGACCUGCUGCUGCUUCAAUGUCCGCAUCGCCACCACCGCCCUGGCCAUCUACCAUGUGAUCAUGAGUGUUUUGCUGUUCAUCGAGCACUCCGUGGAGGUGGCCCACGGCAAGGCCUCCUGCAAGGUCUGGCAGAACGGCUACCUCAGGCUCGCCAACCUGGUCUCCAGCUUCCUGCUCAUCACCAUGCUCUUUGUCAUCAGCUUGAGUCUGCUGAUCGGAGUGGUCAAGAACCGGGAGAAGUACCUGCUGCCCUUCCUGUCCCUGCAAAUCAUGGACUUCCUCCUCUGCUUGCUCACUCUGCUGGGCUCCUACAUCGAGCUGCCCUCCUACCUCAAGUUUGCCUCCCGGAGCAGCAGGGUUGGCGCCCCCAAGGUCCCCCUGAUGACCCUGCAGUUGCUGGAUUUCUGCCUGAGCAUCCUGACACUCUGCAGCUCCUACAUGGAAGUACCCACCUAUCUCAACUUCAAGGCCAUGAACCACAUGAACUAUCUCCCCAGCCAGGAGGGUAUGGCUCACAGCCAGUUCAUCAAGAUGAUGAUCAUUUUCUCCAUCGCCUUCAUCACUGUCCUCAUCCUGAAGGUCUACAUGUUCAAGUGCGUGUGGAGAUGCUACAAGUUCAUGAAGUACAUGAACUCAGCCGAGGAGAGGAGCGGCUCCAAGAUGCUCCAGAAGGCGGUCCUGCCGUCCUAUGAGGAAGCCGUGUCUCUGCCAUACAAGACCCCGGACGGGGACCCCGCACCACCCCCCUACUCGGAGGUGUGACGCCCGCCAGGCCCAGCUCUGGUGUUGGGAGGGGCGGAGCUGUCUCGCAAGCCGCUUCUUCGCUUUGGUGGCCCCUGCGGCCCCGGGGUGAACCGCCCGGCUGACUUCAGGACAAACCGGCUUGUGUCCCCCUUGCUGGCCUGCUUUUCCUGUGGGGCCUGGGAGAUGCUCACGACUGGGUCAACGCUGUCGGCAGAGUGACUCCCGAGUCCCUCAGAAAUUCAGUCCAACGAACCUCGGCUCGUUUCCAGCUCCAGCACUUGUCCCACCUGUUCGUCAUUCAAAGUUCGGGGGGUUUGGUUAAACAACUUGCAACUUGACCCCUUUCACCACGUGGCUGCCAAAUCAAAAUACGCCUCCCCAUGCAGGGAAGUGGUUUGUCCAGACAGCAACAGCCAUCGCGUUGGCUUUCAGGCCGUUGUCCGUUCAUACAACAAACGAUGCUGCCCAGUCAUCGCCUCUUGGUCCCCUCCCCCUCCGCCACCUCCACCAAGCACAGCCGUCCAAUUUCUUCAGACGGCUUGUUUCAACAAUUACGGUCCGCCACCCAUCAGUCAGUUUUAAACUAGGGACAGAAUUCAACAAUAACAAUGACAAAAAUCAAAUUAGCCCCCAAACUGUGCCAUGCAAUCGUCCCCGGCAUCUGGUCGCCCACGCUGGUCCCUUGGGCUCCUCUGGGCGGCUGAGCGAUUGUUAGCGCAAAUGAACAUUCAGGCACUUGCCAGACGUCACCCAGCAGCUACUUCCAGGAAAUAACGGUCGUCUCGUCACGGAACCGUCCCGACACACGGUGGUUUUGCCGGAGAGUUGUCGUCACCAGCAGCUGGCCGCACGUGGUCACUAUAGUCACGCAGUGACUGCCAGUCCAUUCCGCAGGCUGGCCCGUCCGUCACCAGUCCCGGCACAGGGGACUCCGUCCUGCCCAGUGCUUGUGCUUAAGCAGAAAUUUAGCCCUGACGCCAGGCGGGUCCGUUGGCUGGACUGAAUCUGCAGGUUAGGCAGGCAGACUCUUUGUGGGCCCAGACCCUGCCACGGGCGCUCGUGUUGGUGAUGGCAGAAGGGAAGGUUUUGGUCCCAACACCCCCUCUUUUUCCUGUUUCCGGGGUUCCUGAGGACGCUGACCCCAAGGCGGAGACAGGGCCAUGGAGGCACGUUCUCUGGGGUCUGAGAGGGGGAUACAGAGGCAGAGGGCUGUGCAAGAGGUUCCCUGCCGGCAGCCCCUUGGAUAAUUGCUUUGUGUGUGACGGGGAAGAAAUUUCAAUAAAGCAGCAUCACGCUUC